CACCAACCAACCGAGCUGCCACCCACACACUUUCCUCCUACCAACAAUGGCUGAUGUGGUGCUGCUGGACUUCUGGGCGAGCCCAUUCGGGCAGCGGUGCCGGAUCGCGUUGGCAGAGAAGGGUGUCGCCUAUGAGUACUGUGAGCAGGACCUUGAGCAGAAGAGCGAGCUGCUGCUGAGAUCCAACCCCGUCCACAAGAAGAUCCCUGUCCUGCUCCAUGACGGCCGGCCUGUAUGCGAAUCACUCAUCAUCCUCAGCUACAUCGACGAGGCGUGGCCGGAGGUGGCGCCGCUCCUCCCCCGGGACCCCUACGCCCGCGCGCAGGCGCAGUUCUGGGCUGACUACAUCGAUAACAAGAUCGUUGACUGUCAGACCCGCCUGUUGACGACGAAGGGGGAUGCCCAGGAGCAGGCCAAGAAAGACAUGAUCGGGGCUCUCGAGACCCUGGAGGCCGAGCUCGGCGAUAAGGACUACUUUGGCGACGAGGCGUUCGGUUUCGUGGACGUCGCGUUCGUGACCUUGACACCCUGGUUUUAUACCUACGAGAAGUACGGUGACUUCAGCGUCGAGGAACACUGCCCAAGGAUCAUGGCCUGGGCCGCUCGCUGCAGGGAGCGCGAGAGCGUGGCCAAGGCACUUACUGAUGCUGAGAAGGUGUAUGAGAUCGUCCAGGAGGAGUAUGGUGCCAACUAAACCGAGUACUCCCUCCGUCUCAAAAUUCUUGUCUUAGGUUUGUUUAGAAAUGGAUGUACCUAAAUAUCAAAACGUGACUAGAUACAUUCAUAUCUAGACAAAUCUAAGACAAGAAUUUUGGGACGGAGAGAGUACUAGUUUAUGUAUGUAGGCAUGUAUUACUGUUAUAUGCCGAUAGUGGCAUUUAUCUCCUUGGUGUGUGUUCGCUAAACUUUGUCAAACUUUCUGAAAUGUACC